AUGGGUAUAUUAAAAGUGUCUUUUGCCUUUGUUGAAAGAAUCAACAGUGGCAGUACAUGUCAAAAAACUUCUGGAAAAGUUUGUGCAGUCGAUGCAUCCUGCUGGCUGCACAAAGCGUUGGCUGUGAGUUUCAAAGAUUUGGCGAUGAUCGCAAGUAUGUUUUAUUUAUAUAUUUACUUAUCAAUUUGUGCAGUGUUUCAAUCGCUAAACUUAUGUAUAUUCUAUUCACUUUAUUGUUCUUAUGACUGUAUUGUUAUUGUAAUUAUUAUGCAAACUUUUCAGGGUUGUGGACAUACGGUAAAAGUAUGCAUAGACACGUAAGGCAGUAGGUACACCCUGUUUACAAAACAGAGUUACCCUUGUAGGAGGGACAAAUUUUGUCCAUGUAAAUAGUUUGUCUCGGCCUCCAGGGAUAACUUUUCAUUCCCAGGCCUUCAAACAAAUAACUGCAUGUUUCAGGAGUCACAAUCUCAUACUUAGAGCCAUUCUCGUAGGAAGAGAUACAAUGCCAGGGCUAUAAAUUUUUUUCAUAUAAACAUGCAGUGAAGUUGUCUCGUGUGGAUUGGGUGUCUCUAGUAUCCAAGGUCAUAUAAAUAGCAUCUAAGUAAUAAAAGGUCAUUGCAAUGGCAAUUUGCAGCUGGCAGGAAAACGCUUUGCAUAACAAUAUAUGGAGAGUAAGAAAAAUGAUGUGGUUUAAAUUGAACCACAUACUAGUUUUCACAUCUAGUUUUCAAGAAUUUUGUAUGCCUUCCACUCACUAGAAUUUACCCAAAAUUAAAAAAAAAUCCAAAUCCUCACACCUUGCCCAUACCCCUCCCCAGAAUUUACAUUUUAUUGGUGCACAGGAAUGUCACAACAAUUUAUAAUCCAUGCCAAUGCAUUGCUAAUCAGACAUUUGAUCAAUUUAUUUUGCAAAAUUCAAAUUCCCAUUUUUCAACGACACCCUUUUUAUGUACAAAUGCAUAAAAAAUUAUAGAGUAAAUUGGAAAGUAGUUGUGUGCAGUAAAUAACAAUUUGUUAUUACUCACCUUUCAGCUUUGCUGUGAAAAAGAUAUUCUGUACAUAAUGGUACCAUAUGAAGCAGAUGCACAAAUUGCAUUUAUUGUGAAUAAUGGAUAUGCUGGUUUUGCCAGCCUUGUCCCCAAGCACUUUGAUUUGAGGCUGUGGUUUUGCAGUGUGUUAAGAUUCAGACCUGCUUGUAUAGAGCAUUUGCACUCAUUCCCCAGGGACUGGGACACCAACAUGGCGGCUGUGACGUCAUGUGCAAAUGCUCUAUAUCAGUGUGAUGUUAAUGCUAAUACAUGGAUUCUAGCCUGCGAACAGGCUCUCAAGCUGAAUUGAGAGCCUGCAUCGAUGACUAAUGAAUUUGAAUAUCUGCCCCGUAACGUUCGUUUUUCCAAAUAUGGAAUGUCUAUCCUUAUAUGGUGUUGUUUACAACUUUCGUGCAAACUAAAUUUAGACCGUGCAAACUAAAUUUAGACCGUACAGUUUAUACUGUUUUUCGAAAUAUAAGAUAUUCAAGCAAAAGUUCCAAUGUUUUAAAUACUGUUUUCUCAAAACAGAACAUUUUGUGCUUUGAGAUAAGAUGGCCAAGACCAAUUUGAUCAGUUAAUGUGUUUUUAUGCAUAGUGCUUCAGCAGUUGACAUAUAUAGAGCUCAGCGGAAACAUAUAAAUGAUAGCAUCUGACCAAUGAGAAUUUCGCGUCACGAUUUGAGACGCAGAUAUUCAAAUUCAUUAGUCAUCGAUGCAGGCUAUCAAUUCAGCUUGAGAGCCUGUUCGCAGGCUACAAGGAUUCUAGCAUGUUGUUGUAUAAUAAUUGUUGUAUAAAAUGGGAUGUUUUUGUUUGCAUUUCGAUGAUGGUGGUCAUGUAUGCAGAUAUAGACUUAGUAAAACAUUGUUCAAUGAAGUGUUAUAAAAUAUAUGAAUAACAAAUUUAUUGUGAUUGUAUAUGCUUUAUAAACAGCACAAGUGUAGUAGGUUUACAGUGUUUUAACAGUUUUUCUACAUAACUCACAGCAGCAUUCAUAGAACUUCCAUCCACACCAUCCCAGAUUGGGAACCAGGUCAGCCUGGCAGUUCAAAUACGUAUGCAAAGUAGUUCAUACCAUAACAUAAUUAAUACACUGUGUGAAACUGCUUACAUGGGUGUCCUGCUUUUAAAUAUGGGCUGGCCUGGGUGAGGUAAAAUUUACACAGAACCAUUAUUUUCAACAUUGACUUGGUGAAUGCCCAGGUAUAAUGCUGCAUGUACACUAUUUGUGUGAGACACUAUCUGUAUUAUUACAUCCACGUAGUAAGGCAUUUUGCAGCAAUGUGGACUACAGUAUACAUGUCAUAUAUUUCAGGGUAACGUGGUGGAAAUGGCAAAAAUUUUAACACAUCUAAAAUUAACCAAAGAAAAGUUAACUGAUAUGUGUAUUGCAGCUGGUUGUGACUACAUGGAAAAUAUCCUAGGUAUUUGCAUAAAUAAGGCUAAGAAAAUUGCUUGUGAGAACAAAAAUUAUUUCAACGUGUUCCAGUCAUUGCCAUUUGCUCCAACUGACUACAAGAAACGGUUCCAACAAGCACAAAUGGUUUUUCACCACCAGACAGUCAUUGAUCCUGUCAAAUACGAAACAGUCCCAUUAAGUCUGUUCUUCGGUUGUCCAACAGUCUGCCAUUGUGUAUUGUGUCUUGCUCAAUUUGACACAAUUAUUUUUUCCAUUUGAAAUUUUUUUUUUGCUUCUCUUUUGUGUUUAUUAUUUCGUUGCCUCUUUGUUUUUUGUUUGCUUGGCGUUUGGGACUCUGGGAUGCACGAACGUUUCCCAAAAAUAGCGGGAGAACAUGAACACUGGACAAGAAGACCUGAAAUUAGCAAAGGAAAUACCAUGAGAUAAAAGCCCAAAAAAGAUACAAUAUUGAGAGGCGCCAAGGGGCGCUACUAAAUGUGGUCACAAAUAAUGAUCAUAGAUUAUGCCAAUUGCAAUUUUAAAUGUGAUGUGUGAACAGUUAAGCUGUGACAUGUAAAAGUAAAUAGACCAGUGUAUUUGGGAAAAAUACACGAGUUUACAAUCAAAUGAUAUCUUUUAUCGAAUUCCAAAAAUUAUCGAUUUGAAAAGUAACACGGCAUAACAAUAUUACAUGCAACUUCCUUUUUAAUAAAAAAGAAAAAGUUUAAACUUUAAAACGUGGCAGAAAAUAGAGCGCCAACAUACCUUUCAUCGUGCUCGAAAUCCACCAUCUCGAAGAAAAUAUCCAAAAUAAUGAAUUGCGGUCACAGUGCGCACACCACCUGGUGUGCAUGAUUGUAAAUAGAACUAGAAAAUACAUGCAUACAGAAACCCUCGCCUUGCUGACAAAACCAUUGUAUUUUCCGAACAUGAAGUAUCUAAAGUAGUUGUCGUGGUAACACGAAAAUUUUUUAAGAAUAUUCUUACAAAUGAAAAAUCGCCUAAAAGUAUCACUUUUAAUUACAAAAUUAUCAAUUUCCCAACAUAUAUAUGUUAGGUAUGUUAUUAUAAGUAAUAUAAGCUUCAAUUUCAAGUAAAAUUCAACCACAAACGCUUCGCAAAACGUUUUAAAUUAAAGUGUUCUUUAUAAAACUAAACUGCCUUUACUUAAAUGGCUUUAUCGAUAAACUUUGAGUACGUUUGCCAUAAAAUGAUUUCAAAUUUUCGCAUGCAAAUAAAUUUGCCUUCUUUUUUAUUAAAAAAAUUCAAUAUAAUAAAUAAGGGAAUCAAUAUUAAUACUGACACUGAAAUUAUAUGCUGCCUUGUUUAGUUCUUUCAUAUACGCAAAGUGCCAAAGGGCAAAAGGCCGUCGCCCCGUCAGGUUUUAAAGCAAUUAAUGAAUUAUAAAAUCAAUAUUUAAAACAAACUUACCUUCGUUAACGUCGGCUCCCUUGUAUUGCCUUCUUUUAGCCGAUUCUUUCGCCCCAUCUUUCUGAGAAAGCUUUUGAAAUUUACAAUAUCUUGCAAAAAUGCGAUCAGAAAUGAAAUAUAUUUGCAAGAAAUUUAUCAAUCAUCAAUAGAUAUCUGAAGUGAUCGAGAAGAGAGACAGAAAAUUAUUUAGCAAAAUCGUAUCGAAUCCAAAACAUGCUCUAUAUGAAUUGCUUCCUGUGUGUAAACAAAGGAUUUUAAGACAAAGGGAACAUAACUUUAUUUUACCUCAAAUUAAAAUGGAACGAUUUAAACGAUCCUUCAUAAAUAGAUGUCUUUUUAACUAUUUUUAACUUUCAUAUAAUUAAUUAGAAUAGAUCAAUUUUUUAACUGUAAUAAAUAGGAAUUUGACAUUUGUAAAGUUGCACGUCUGUUGUGACUCUAGACAAUAAAGACUUUAAUAAUAAUGGAAACUUUAAUAAUUUUGUUAUAUACUAUAUAUAUACAAUUGUAAAUCUCACUAAUUUAAGGUAACUUACAAUUGGCUAUUUGAAUCACAACUAUAUGAACUAAUAAAAAUGAUAAGACACUAGAAUGCAUGAAAAUAUAUAAAUAUAUACAAGACAAUCAAAUAAUAAUAAUAAUAAUAAUAAUAAUAAUAAUAAUAAUAAUAAUAAUAAUAAUAAUAAUAAUAAUAAUAAUAAUAAUGAUAAUAAUAAUGAUAAUAAUAAUAAUAAUAAUAAUAAUAAUAAUAAUAAUAAUCAUAAUAAUAAUAAUAAUAAUAAUAAUAAUGGAAACUUUAUUAAAAUUAUAUACGUAUAUAUACAAUUAUAAAUCUCACUAAUUUAGGUAAUUUAUAAUUGACUACUUUAAUUAACACUCUACAUAAUAACAAUAUUAGUAUGACAUUAGUUGUGGGUUAUCCCAUUCUUUGUUACGCUUACAGAAUAUAUAAUACGAGGACCUGAUACAUAUGUUAAUAAUUUUCCGAACAUAGUACUUUCUACAUUGUUCAUCAAACUUUAGAUCCUUUGGCAUUUCGGUGAAAUCUAGCGACGGGUGGCUGAAAACUCCUAAUGAGCUAAUCGAUAAAUUAACAAAUUUCACUUUUUCAUAAUUUUUGAGCUGUUCGUUAAUUAGAUCUUGAUAUUUUUGUCUUUUUCGAGUUGCAUUAGUGAGGAGAUUAGAUUCAAAUCCGACGGUAAGUUCAAGUAUAUAAAUACAUUUGUUUUCAAGUGUUAUCAAAAGAUCAGGGCGCAAUUCAUCUCCGGUGAUAUAGCAGAUGGACUGAUAUAGCCAGGAAGGUCAGCAUAAAGGUUACAAUGGUUCACAGAUUUAAGUAUGGAUGCUAUGAAGUUAAGCACCGAAUCAUGAUAAUAAUAAUAAUAAUAAUAAUAAUAAUAAUAAUAAUAAUAAUAAUAAUAAUAAUAAUAAUAAUAAUAAUAAUAAUAAUAAUAAUAAUAAUAAUAAUGGAAACUUUUUAUUAGAUAUUUACGAUAUACUAUAUAUACAUUGAUAAACCUCACUUAAUAAAAGGUAGCUUAUCGAUGUCCACUUGAAUUGAGUUUAAAGCUAAAAUAUAUAUACAGGUGAAAAUCUUUUAAAUUUAGUUAAAAGUUUAAAAGUUCUGGGUUGUUCCAGUCUUUGUUUCGUCUAAAGAAUAUAUAAUACGACGUGCGAAUACAAGUAGCAAUUAUUUUCUUUUUUACAUAUUUAAUACAUUGUUCGUCGUACUUCAGAUCAUGGAGCAUAUCAAAUAAAGUAUUCGUCGAUUCACCAAAUACACCUAAAGAGCUUAUAGAUACAUUAACAAACUUAACUUCAUCAUAUAUAUUUUCUUGAUCGGUAAUUAGAGUCAAAUAUUUUUCAUGUUUUCGAUCUGAGUUAGUUUUCAGGUUUGUUUCGAAUCCAACAGUUAAUUCAAGAAUGUACAAAAUCUUAUUUUCAAUUGUCAAUAGAAUUCUUAGGAAGUUUUGAAUGAACCGAUUAGGAAUAUGUUCUUAGGAAGUUUUGAAUGAACCGAUGACCAUAGGGAAUUGAAUGUCAACGUGGAGUUUUUCACGAUGUUUGAGAAAAAAGAAACUUGUAACAUUAGGUUAUUUUGUAGUCGCUGUUCGUUUUUUUGUCUAAAUGCCUUCAAUACAUCUUUUGUGUUUGAGUAAAUGUCGUACUGAAUGUUCCUAUUGGUGCUUGUUAUUGACCAUAAUUCACGUAUGUUUUCAUUUAUCGAUGACUUUAAAGCUAAGCGUGAGACAGUUUGGCACUGUAUAAACUUCGUUGAAGGUAGAAUGACAUUUAGACCAAAUUUGUUGUAAGGGAGAUAAACAUUGCUUAGAGUUGCAGAUAUUGGCAGUUCGAGCCAUUUUCGUAUAUAUUUAGUAGCAAUACCGUCCAAAGUCUCGCAAACCCAUGUUUGAGAUAUAUCAGUCAUUGUGAAGUUCCAUGAGAUUUUCGAGAGCAAGUAGCGACUGUAUAACAGGAUUUUAUUUCGGGGGUGCAAAUGUAAUUCAUCUAUUUUAGAUAUGAUAUUAUUAAACAAGUCAAUAUAUCCGAUUGGUGUUUUUCAUAUAUAUAUAUAUAUAUAUAUAUAUAUAUAUAUAUAUAUAUAUAUAUAUAUAUAUAUAUAUAUAUAUAUAUAUAUAUAUAUAUAUAUAUUAUAUAUAUGUUAUAUUAUAUUAUAUUGUAGGUUAUAUCUUAUAUAUGUUAUAUAUAUUAAGCAAAAAGGUACAUUUAUAUUUUAGAUACUAUUCAGAAAACAUUUUUAUAAAUAUUAUGCUUUAGCAAUAUCUUGUAAAUAGGUCAUGCUAAUAAAGCUCUUUCAAUAGUCAAUAGCCCAACCUUGAGGAAAGAAGAAAUCAACAACUAAAUACAUUAAUAUACAAAGUUAGACACGAAAUGGCCCCUUCUUCCUUAAGUAAUAUGCUUCAAAAAACGAACGAGGUCCAUGAACACCAAACGAGACAAGCCAAACAUGACUUUCUACCACCGAAGCCUAAAACAAAUUACCUGAAAAAGGCAUUUAGCUAUAGAGGUGCAGUGGCCUGGAAUAAUCUACCAAGAGAAAUUAAAAAUUCUGAAACUGUUAAUAUUUUUAAAGCAAAACUCAAGAUUAUCAAUUGAGAGUACAUUUUAAUAUUGUUAGUAUUUGUUACAUUAGUGAGUAAUAUGCAUGUUGAAUUGAAUAGUCUAUAUGUAUACUGUAGAUAAUGUUAUAAGAUAGUUAUUAAACACACGGCCUAUUGGAAGAUCACAUUUUUCUUUUCCUUCUCUUUUAUACAUAAUUAAAUUAAAUUUAAGUAGUUUGUGAAAUAGUACCGUGUUUAAAUAAAGUUUUAUAAUAAUAAUAAUGAAAACUUUAUUAAAUGGAUAUUUAGCUUAUAUAUACAAUUGCAAAUCUCACUGAUAUCAGGUAAUUUACAACUGGCUACUUAAAUCACUGAUUAUAUAUGCAAAAAUUAUACUAUUAAGAUAACAAAAUGACAGUACAACGUUUAAACACUUAACAGUUCCGGAUUCAUCCAUUCCUUGUUUCGACAACAAAAUAUAUAAUACGUUGUUCUGAUUGCAAUCGUCGUCAUUCUUCUAAUACAGUAAUUCUGAUGUUGCUUUUGAAAACCACAAUCAUUAAGCAUUUCUAUGAAAGUAGAACAUUCUUUACUGAAAACACCAAGAGAACUAAUCGAAAGAUUUACAAAUUUUACUGAGUUGAAAUGUUCAUUUUGUUCCCUAAUUAAUUCUUUAUAUUUUGAUUUUUUACGCUCAACGUUUUUUUGAAGAUUUGAUUCACAGCCAACUGUAAGUUCAAUAUUUGCAAGAAAUUUAUCAAUCAUCAAAUCACAGAGGAUAGAUUGUACCCGAUGUCUCACUGUGUAUCUAUCCCUAUGAUUUUCGUGUCCGCGAUUUUCGCGAGGCUAUCACGCCAGAUGACGCGUGCGACACUUACUGCCAAAAUGGCGCUUACUGCCAAAAUUCGUGAUUGCUCACGUUUCAUGGCGUGGAUUACACUUACUGCCAAAAUGGCGGCCAACGCGUGCUCAUAAAAAAUCGCGGACACAAUUUUGGCUGAGUGAGUCAUCUGGUAUAAUCUAUCAUCUGUGAUCAAAUCAAGAAACGUUUGCUAUUUCGCUGUCGUCAUACAGUCGUUAUAAUGCAAACUUUAAAUUGGACCAAUCAGUGUCCGCUAUUCACGACCGUCCGCCAUAUUUUUGAGAUAAGUGAGGAUGACCACCCACCCAACACCCCAACACCGUUGGUGAGCCACGACCGCGUUCAGUCAUUGAUGAACUUUAGACUUCGCUAAUGCUUUCGUUUCCCCGGGUGUAAAUAGCCGGGGGGAAUUAGUACCCUCGCCGGCUCGGGGACAAUGAAUAUUUUAUACGAUACCUGGCAUCACUUGUGCACAACGUUUGAUCAACCAUGGUUAGACCAUCCAAAAUUGGAAAGUUUUGCGGAGGGGCUUUAUGAACGUUUAAAUGUUUUAGAACGUUUAAAUGUGCAUCAUUAACUGAUGAAGAGAAAAAGCAUCACUAUUCAUAUACAGUGUAUUUUUAUUAUACACAUUUCAUGUCUUUCAUUUGUAGUGAUGGAAUGAAUGCGAUGCAAAUUAAUUAUUAAAUUAAUUAUUGGCUGAUAUUGUGGUCUAGUGAAAAGGUUCCAAAAAUGGGUACAAGUUUCCAUACUAUUGUCGUUCUGAUGUGACAGAUACUAGAGUAACGGCAGGAUAUAGAAAGAUUAAAAACUAGUUUAUGGUUAGAUUCUCAUGUCUCGCGCACAAUAAAGCUAGGGUUAGAGAUGGGUUGUGAUUACGGUCAAGAUCAAAGAAAUAUAUUUGUGACCGAAACAAGGAUUUAUUCAUAUCUACAAUAAUGGCGUACGUCACAACGAUUAAGUUAGUGUUGAGCUUACAGUUACGAUGGGUUAUGAACUUACGAGAUUGUAUUUAAACUGGAGUUCUCAAAUUUAUUAGAUACAUUUAAUAUGUCAGAACAUGUUAGUGAACCUACUCAAUAGUCUGGUCACACACUUGACCUACUUAUAACGAGACAAGGUUCGAACUUAAUAAAUGGUAUAUGUGUCCACACACCUUGGAUAAGUGAUCACAGUAUUGUGCAGUUUAAGACCACCACAAAGAAACCGAGUGUUGCUCGGAAAACAAUAUCUUAUCGACGAUGGAAAUCACUUGAUGUAAACCAGUUUCGGCAGAGUAUAGAUGAUAUUGACAUUCAAUCUGUGAACUCGCUUUCUGAUCUUGCUCUGUUGUACAACAGUGCCUUACGUGAUCUUUUAGAAAAACAUGUUCCCUUGAGAAGUAAAACUGUCACAUUACACCCACAAGCUGAAUGGUUUGAUGCCAAGUUGCUAAUAGAGAAGAGAGCAAAAAGAGAGUUGGAACGUAAGUUCCGAUUAUCAAAUUCACCUGAAGAUAUCCGUCAGUUCAACGAGCACUCAGAGUAUUACAGUCACUUGCUAGUUACGAGACAGAAAUUUUACACAGAUAAGAUUGAGUCAAAUCAUGGUGAUCAGAAAGUACUAUUCCAAGUGUUAGAUAAACUUUUACACCGUGAGAAUCAACGACAAUUUCCACCGCAUGAUAAUCUUGAUGAUCUUACAAAUAUGUUUGCAGAUUUUUUUGUUCGGAAAAUUGAUACAAUUUGCUCUCAACUACAUUUGGCUACUGUCGAUAAACUGCUACGAUUUGAAUCUUCCUGUGAGACCGUUGAAAAGUUCGAAUAUUUUAGUUCAGUUUCUGAGCAUCAGAUUGAAAACAUUAUUCGGUUAACUAACAACAAAUCAUGUAAACUUGAUCCAAUUCCAACUUGGCUUUUGAAGCAAUGUAUUCCUGCCUUACUUCCGCUUAUAACAAAAAAUGUUAACUUGUCGUUGCAUGAUGCAUUCAUGCCUACCCUGUUCAAACAAACCUUUUUGACACCAAUACUGAAGAAUAUUUCUCUCAGCACAGAUGAAGAAAACGGUUUCUGCUGA